AUGCUGUUAGGCCAGUGCUGCUGUCCCCAGCCCCCACCAUCUACCGGAGCCUCAUUCAGCCAUGACGAGCUGCUCUCCGAACAUGACAAGCUGUGCCUGGAGGUGAAGGGCAAGACGGUCAGUAGAACAGAAGGUAACAUCAAUGACUUCCUUAUUGGUGGGAAUGCUUCCAUUGAAGGCCCAGAGGGCCAAGGAAUUGAAAGCACAGCAGUCACUGGUGUUGAUGUCACUCUCCACUUACAAGAAACCAGCUUCACCAAAGAGGCCUACAAAAAGCACAUCAAAAAUUAUGUGAAAGGACUCAAAAGCAAACUUGAAGAACACAAACCUGAAAGAGUAAAGCCUUUUAUGACUGUGACUGCAGAACAAAUUAAGCACAUCCUUGCUAAUUUCAAUAACUACAAGUUUUUUAUUGGUGAGAACAUGAACCAGUUUUUUAUUGGUGAGAACAUGAACCCAGAUGGCAUGGUUGCUCUCCUGGACUACCAUGAAGAUGGUGUGACCCCAUUCAUGAUUUUCUUUAAGGAUGGCCUAGAGAUGGAAAAAUGCUAGCAAAUGGGAUCUGUCACCUGUCACCAUAGCUGGCUGCUGCUUACCAUCCAUACAACACCAGGGCUUAGGACAAAUGGGACUGAUGUCAUCUUGAGCUUUUAUUUUGACC